AUGGUUUACGAGAAUGAAUGGGGCUGGGGCGCCAAAACUGGCCUCUUCUACGCGGGAACGAACCUCGCCUGCUUUAUCUGGUGCUGGUUCCGGCUGCCAGAGACGAAGGACCGUGCGUUCGGUGAGAUUGAUCUGCUUUUCGAGAAUCGUAUUCCGGCGAGGAAGUUUAGGACUGCCAGAGUUAAUCAAUUUGCGCAUCAGUCAGAUGUUACUGGCAAAGCUGGCAAUGAGCAUGUUGAGAACGUUGCAUGA